UUCGUCACCGUGCAGCUACCAAAGGCAAGCGGAAUUUCGGCGAUGGCGAUUAUAUACCUCGGAGUACAUUUGCCGUUCAAACCGUACCAGAAACUUAAGGUGGACAACGUAGAUCUCGCUAGCGGAACAGAGUCCCUGCGCACGGUGGCCGCCAAGCUGAUCAAGAGCAACGUGGCGAAAGAUGAUUUCGUGUUUAUUUACUGCGGCACGCAGCUCACCACAGAAGACACACUACAGAGCCAAGGUAUCGGCGAUCAAGCGAUGAUACAAGUCGUGCAGAAGCGGCGGGAACCGGACGAUUCGGCGGCCGGUCAACAGGAACCCUUCACCGAGGCCGACGUGCAGGAAGUGCUCGGCAUCUGGCGUACGGUCGAUUCGUCCAACUUCCAGAAGGUCCGGCAGCCGGAGUUUAUGAAAAACGCGCUGGACGCACAUCCGGCCAUCCGGGGCGAUCUGUUCGUGCUGUCAAUGCUCAAGGAUCCGAUCCUGCUGUCGUCGAUGCAGCAACCGGAAACGAUACGCCGGGUGGCCGAAAAGCACCGCGUGCUGAUCGAUGCAUCCCGGGCCAUCGUACAGCUGCUGAACUCGAAGAUACUCUUGAAGGUGAACAACUACCAUCUGUCGGCACCGAUGGACAAUACGCUGGACGAUCCGCUGUCGGAUUCUUCGUCGAGCGACGAGAACACUGCCUCACCGACCACCUCGAGCGCGGUCACGUUGCGUCGCAUUACACCCGAGCAGCUCGCCUCGGCCCUCGCUUUCGCCACUGGAAGCGGGCCCACGGCUGGUAGCGGUUCAUACAACUCACUGUCGAAUAUUUCGCAACGUGAUGCGGACAGCCGCGAAACUCAGCAGGACCAAACGGGCAUGGAGGCCACCACUAGCCAACCUUCCACUUCCGGCACGGCCGGUGCUGGAAGUGCAGCCACUGCAGGCAACGUUUCUUCGACCGAUCGCAACAUUACGUCUUCCAUGAUGAUGGACGCGAUUUCGAUGAUUUUCCAGCAACGGGAGCAACAGCAGCGCGAAGAGACCGGUGCUUCGGCGAGCGGAAGUGGAGGUGGUUCCGGCGGUGAAAGCAGUAGUCGCCCAGUGCCCACCGGGACCGACGAGCCGAUGGACACGAGUCCACCGGCACCGGCACCGGCUGCUGAUGAAACGGCGGCCGCUCCGAUGGGCGAUGACCUGGGAGCGCAAACACAGUCGCAGCACACGAGUAUCGCGGCACGCAUGGGACGGUACCGGGCGGAGCUGGAAUUGAUGCGCGAAAUGGGUCUCGCUGACACCGAAAACAACCUACAGGCGCUGAUCGUGUGCAACGGAAACGUGGAAUCGGCUGUGAAUCUCGUCCUGAGUUGCAUGAACAACUAAGAACCGGCCGACCGAAGGCGGCCGUCUCCCAGGUGACUGAAAGCGUAGGUUUAGAAAAGCUUACUCGAUUGUCGGGUAUUCCACUGGUUGCUAAGGAA